CUCGCUGCGAUGAGCCCGCAAAAAAAAAAUCCACCGGCGAACGACCGGAACUGAUUUUUCACUAAUGGCUUCUCUAUAUCAGUAGCGACCUAGACACUACUGCCUUAGUAAUUACCACCACUACAGAGUCAGUAAAGAGUCAGUAAAGAGUAUGAGUAGUGAGGACGUUAAGUCAGUAGCGACUAGCGAGUACAAUUCACAAGUCAUUGCAUAUGGACAAUAUGUUCUUGUCCGAUUACCAUCAGAAGGUCUCAAGCUAGUAUACUUGAAGGAGACCGGAAUUGUGAAUUUGGGUAAAUUUGGAAGUUUUCAAGUAUCUGGAGUCAUAGGAUAUAAGUUAGGACAGUCAUUUGAGAUUAUUGAAGAUCAACAAGUAAAACCUAUAAGUCAUAUUAGCGAAAUAACUGAAGAUAAUGGACCAGAAGUUGAAAAUGAAGAUGAUGGAGAAACACCUCUCAGUAAGGAUAUGUUAACUCUGUAUUUUACUAAUAGUUCUGAUAAUAAUCAGAAUAUCAUUAAUAUAGGAUCCAAGAUUCAACAACUCACUAAUGAAGAUAUCGAUGAGUUAAAGAAAUCAGGUGCAUCUUCUGGAAUAGGCCAACAGAUCAUUGAAAAGAUGAUCUCUGGUCAUGAAGGGUUUGAUAAGAAAACCAUCUUUUCACAACAAAAGUAUUUAAGAAGGAAACAACAAAAGUUUCUUAGAAGAUUCUCGGUAGAAUAUGUCAGUGCAUCACAAUUGUUGGAAUAUUUCAUUCAAAAGGAUCUUCCUCGAGUUCUUGAUAUUAGUGAAGAAACUCUUGGAUUGAUCAUGUCUUAUGGGAACAUACGACCAGGAGGUAAUUAUUUAUUGAUUGAUGAGACUGGUGGAGUCAUUCUUUAUGCUAUGUUGGAAAGAAUGAAAGGUCAAGGUUCUGUAUUGGUACUUCACGAUAAUGAACAUGCCAAUCUUUCAGCAUUAAAGUAUUCUAACUAUUCAGAAGAAACUCAAUCAAAAAUGAUUAAAACCAUUAAUUGGUUACAAUUCUUAGAGCCUGAAAAUGAAAGGAUAGAUUGGGAACAUGUUAGUGAAACAGAAUUAGCCGAUAUGAAACCAUCUAAGAAAGCUCAGUAUGAACGUAGAACCAAACGAGCUGGAGAAAUUAAUUCCGUAAUUGAAUUGGCUCAACAGGGAAAUUUCGAUGCUUUCAUAUCUGUCAGUACAUUAAGUCUUCCCACUUUAUUACCAGAAGUAUUACCUAAAAUAGGAGGAUCUCGUCCUAUUGUAUUAUAUAGUCAAUUUAAGGAAUUAUUGUUGGAUACUCAACAUUUCUUAUCAGUAGAUAAGAGAGUAUUGGCACCUUCAAUUCUUGAAACUAGAGCUAGAAUUUAUCAAACCAUUCUAGGUAGAAUUCAUCCUAUGAUGACUCUGAGAGGUUAUGGUGGUUAUAUACUUUGGGGAACUAGAGUUAUACCGCAAGAAUCAGGAAUUACUGCUGUUGGUAGAGGUGUAAGUAAAAGAAGAAAGGAAAAUACUGAACUGUCUCCCGAAGUUGCAACUGAUUCAACUCAGUAAUUACUUAUAUACAUAAUUAUUUAUUAACAUAUUAACUAUAUAUAGACGAACAUAAUUGACCCAAUACUCGCAUGGGAGAAUUGGAUUUCCA